CCUGUAUCUCCUGCGUACUCUCUUUUGAUCUUUCUAUCUUCACCAAACCCCUUGUCAAGCCAUUUCCCAUCAAUUUCCCAUUAUCAUAGGACUCCCAUUGAUCAAAUCCAUAUAACACAUUUGCCAAUUAGAGGGCAAGUUGUGAGUUUUCAAUCCUCUCAUUCUCUCAAAGCUUUCGUGUUGAUAAGGUAAUCAAUAUGAAGUUUGUUCUUAUGUUAUUUGUUCAUCAAAGAUUUUAUCCCCAAAAGUUGUGCGUAUUUUGUUGAUAUGAAGGUGCAUUUGAUAUGAAGGUGGCAAGAAAUAUAUGAUUAUUGAAUGUUACCCCCAAAUCCAAUACAUUUAUACAGAUCUCUCAUUCUCAUGUUUGUUAUUCUAACCUGAUCAAGAUUCUAGUUUCUUCCAUCAUUGAUCCUCGUCGGGAAAUUGACCGGCGUGACCGCAUUACAAGUUCUUAUACAUUUUUUCGAUCAAAUCCUUUUUUUAAAAAGCCACUGCAUAUUAUUUGGGAAACAAAUUUGGUGACAAUAGCAUCUGCAAAGAUGCAGGCUUUUAGUCGUUCUAUGCGGGGUCAUUCGGUACAUGAGCCUCCCCCAUUAGCAGAGAAGCUCACCGAAGACCCCGUGACAUCAAAAACCGCACAAAGCACGGUGACAUGCGUCUACCUUGCCAACAUUGCAAUGAAUUGGCGGAAGGUCACCGUCAUUUGGUGCAAGAAUCUCAUGAACCAUUCCCUAAGCAUAAGGAUUGAUAGUCUAGAAGGCGAUUUUCAUAUAACUUGCAAAAUCGACCUCAAGCCGUGGCAUUUUUGGAGCAAAAAAGGGUACAAGUCAUUCGAGGUUGAAGGGAAUCAUGUUGAAGUCUAUUGGGACCUUCGAUCUGCUAAAUUCGUAGGAGGUCCAGAACCGAAUCAGGACUUCUACGUUGCCCUUGUUUGCGAUGAAGAAGUUGUGUUACUCUUGGGAGACAUGAAGAAAAAGGCUUACAAGAGAACCAAAUCAAGGCCAUCAAUGGUUGAGGCCGUUAUGUACUACAAAAAAGAAAACGUGUUUGCCAAGAAAAGCUUUGCCACUAGGGUGAGAUUCGACGAAAAGAGGAAAGAGCAUGACAUUGUUGUGGAGAGCUCAACUUCCGGGCUCAAAGACCCCGAAAUGUGGAUCAGCAUAGACGGGAUUGUGUUGGUUCAUGUCAAGAAUUUGCAAUGGAAAUUCAGAGGGAACCAGACUGUGAUGGUGAACAUGUUACCUGUCCAGGUUUUUUGGGAUGUUCAUGAUUGGCUUUUCAGUAAUCCAGGAACAGGACAUGGUCUGUUUAUUUUCAAGCCCGGGGCACCUGAUUCGGAGAGCGAUUACGACAGAGAAGGAGGCGAGUUCUGUGGAGACAGUGACAAUAGCAUUAGCAGUGCCUAUUAUUCAACUCAGAGUCUUAACACAACAGCUUCUGACUUCUGCUUGUUUCUUCAUGCUUAUAAGCUUGAAUGAGGGGGCUAGCUUCUUGCAUAUGAUGCAUUCUCACAGGUUUUUUUUCUUUUGGAAUAGCUAGCAACAUUAAGAUAACAUACAAUGGGUUUAACUUUUGUAAAUUGUAAGUUAGCAUCAUUCAUGUAUCUGUUCCAUUUAAUACAAGUAUACUGUAAAUUAUUAAUGUAUUUCAAUGACUGAUGUGACCCAUGCUUAAUACAUCUCCUUCAAGUUUCUUUUG